CGGGCACCGGGGCCCGGUCGGACAUGGGCAAGAAGCACAAGAAGCACAAGUCGGACAAACACUUCCACGAGGACUAUGUAGAGAAGCCCUUGAAGCUGGUCCUCAAAGUAGGAGGGAACGAAGUCACCGAACUCUCCACGGGCAGCUCGGGGCACGACUCCAGCCUCUUCGAAGACAAAAACGAUCAUGACAAACACAAGGACAGAAAGCGGAAAAAGAGAAAGAAAGGAGAGAAGCAGAUUCCAGGGGAAGAAAAGGGGAGAAAACGGAGAAGAGUUAAGGAGGAUAAAAAGAAGCGAGAUCGAGACCGGGUGGAGAAUGAGGCAGAAAAAGACCUCCAGUGUCACGCCCCUGUGAGAUUAGACUUGCCCCCUGAGAAGCCUCUCACAAGCUCUUUAGCCAAACAAGAAGUAGAACAGACACCCCUUCAAGAAGCUUUGAAUCAACUGAUGAGACAAUUGUAGAGAAAAGAUCCAAGUGCUUUCUUUUCAUUUCCUGCGGCUGAUUUUAUUGCUCCUGGCUACUCCAUGAUCAUUAAACACCCAAUGGAUUUUAGUACCAUGAAAGAAAAGAUCAAGAACAAUGACUAUCAGUCCAUAGAAGAACUAAAGGAUAACUUCAAACUAAUGUGUACUAAUGCCAUGAUUUACAAUAAACCAGAGACCAUUUAUUAUAAAGCUGCAAAGAAGCUGUUGCACUCAGGGAUGAAAAUUCUUAACCAGGAAAGAAUUCAGAGCCUGAAGCAGAGCAUAGACUUCAUGGCUGACUUGCAGAAAACUCGAAAGCAGAAAGAUGGAACAGACACCUCACAGAGUGGGGAGGACGGAGGCUGCUGGCAGAGAGAGAGAGAGGACUCUGGAGAUGCCGAAGCACAUGCCUUCAAGAGUCCCAGCAAAGAAAAUAAAAAGAAAGACAAAGAUAUGCUUGAAGAUAAGUUUAAAAGCAAUAAUUUAGAGAGAAAGCAGGAGCAGCUUGACCGCAUUGUGAAGGAAUCUGGAGGAAAACUGACCAGGCGGCUUGUGAACAGUCAGUGCGAAUUUGAAAGAAGAAAACCAGGUGGAACAACGACAUUGGGACUUCUCCAUCCUGAGGAUCCCAUUGUAGGAGAGCCAGGCUACUGCCCUGUGAGACUGGGAAUGACAACUGGAAGACUUCAGUCUGGAGUGAAUACUUUGCAGGGGUUCAAAGAGGAUAAAAGGAACAAAGUCACUCCAGUGUUAUAUUUGAAUUAUGGGCCCUACGGUUCUUAUGCAACGCAUUAUGACUCCACAUUUGCGAAUAUCAGCAAGGAUGAUUCUGAUUUAAUCUAUUCAACCUAUGCGGAAGACUCUGAUCUUCCAAGCGAUUUCAGCAGCCAUGAGUUUUUGGCCACGUGCCAAGAUUAUCCGUAUGUCAUGGCAGAUAGUUUACUGGAUGUUUUAACAAAAGGAGGGCAUUCCAGGACCCUACAAGAGAUGGAGAUGUCAUUGCCUGAAGAUGAAGGCCAUACUAAGACACUUGACACAGCAAAAGAAAUGGAGAUUACAGAAGUAGAGCCGCCAGGGCUGGAGUCCAAUACUCAAGACAGGUUCAUAGCGCUGAAAGCAGUAACAAAUUUUGGCGUUCCAGUUGAAGUUUUUGACUCUGAAGAAGCUGAAAUAUUCCAGAAGAAACUUGAUGAGACCACCAGAUCGCUCAGGGAACUCCAGGAAGCCCAGAAUGAACGUUUGAGCACCAGACCCCCUCCCAACAUGAUCUGUCUCUUGGGUCCCUCAUACAGAGAAAUGCAUCUUGCUGAACAAGUGACCAAUAAUCUUAAAGAACUUGCACAGCAAGUAACUCCAGGUGAUAUCGUAAGCACGUAUGGAGUUCGAAAAGCAAUGGGGAUUUCCAUUCCUUCCCCCGUCAUGGAAAACAACUUUGUGGAUUUGACAGAAGACACUGAAGAACCUAAAAAGGCGGAUGUUGCUGAGUGUGGACCUGGUGGAAGUUGAGGCUGCCUGGUAUUUGAUUAUAUAUUAUGUACAUACUUUUUCAUUCUUAACUUAGAAAUGCUUUUCAGAAGAUAUUAAAUAUUUGUAAAUUGUGUUUUUAAUUAAA